UGAUUUGAUAGUUGCCCACCCUCGAUAGGUGUUUUACUCCUAAAAAAAACCACCUAGGCGUAGGUCGGUGUGAGACUGUAGAUUCUAAAUGAAAGUAGAGUUGAAAACCUUUAGAGAGAGAGAGAGAGAACAUUUUUGUGAAAGCAGCCCACUGUUUUCUUCUGUUGCAGGAAAGAUAAAUCAUAGCUUGGUGAAAUCUGGGGGCAUUGUUUUUCCACAACUUCUCCAACAAUGGUGAGUCUUCCAAUACUAUCAACUGCCGCAAGAAGAUUGGAAGGUAAGGUGGCUCUGAUCACAGGCGGGUCUGGCGGCAAUGGAUCCUCUACAGCAAAGCUAUUUUGUCAACAUGGUGCCAAAGUUAUGAUCGCCGACAUCCAAGAUGAUCUUGGCCAUUCAAUUUGCAAGGACUUAGGUCCCACUCAUGCUUCCUUCAUCCACUGUGAUGUCACAAAUGAAACGGAUGUGAAAAAUGCCAUUGACAGGUCUGUUGCCAAACAUGGCAAGCUUGACAUAAUGUUCAACAAUGCAGGCAUCUUAGGAAUAAAAAAAGCCAAUAACAUUCUUGAAAAUGACAAGUCUCAAUUUGAGAAAAUUCUCCGUGUAAACGUAGUAGGUGCAUUUUUGGGUACCAAACAUGCAGCACGUGUGAUGAUACCAGCUCGUCAAGGAGCCAUAAUUAACACAGCUAGUGUUUGUUCAGUAAUGGGAGGUCUUGCUCCACAUGAUUAUACAUGUUCCAAGCAUGCAUUGCUCGGCCUCACUAGGAACACCGCGGUGGAGCUAGGAAAGUUUGGCAUUCCUGUUAAUUGUGUAUCACCUUAUGCUGUUCCAACUCCGAUGCCAAUGGAGUUUUUUGAUAUGAAAGAUGAGGAUUUCAAUGAUGCAAUUUCAACCCUCAAAGGGGUAUCUCUCAAGGCAGAGGAUAUAGCCAAAGCUGUUCUGUAUUUGGCAAGUGAUGACUCUAAGUAUGUGAGUGGCCACAAUUUGAUCGUUGAUGGAGGUUUUACUGUUGUAAAUGAGGUUUUUCAAUGUUCAAUUAAUAGAACUCCUGCUUUUUUUAUUUUUAUUUUUUAUUUUUUAUUUAUUAUUUAUCAUUGAACAAAUCUUCAACUCCUUCCAAUAACCGAAUAAAUGGGGCUAACUCCUUCCAA